GUUUUCUAUAAGCGAAAUUCACGUGAUUACGUGUCUUAAUCUCAUUGGUUGUUAAGGAUAAAAAAACUUUAGGAAGCGGGAGGGAGAGAUUUGCUCUGUUUUUAAUACGCGCCAAUUAUAGUCCCGCGCGUUAAUCUAAACAGAGAAAAAUCGAAGAGCUUUUUGAUAAAUCGAGGGCAUUAAUGGCUAGAAUCCGUAAAAGGGUUCAAGCUGUUCGUCGUGCAGCCGACGGAAGCGCUUUUGAUAAAUGUGAACAAUGUGGCGUUACGAUCGCGAUUGCUCUGUUUGAUAUGCACGAGUGCGGAGAGAAAAUAAGAAGGGAAGUGAAGAGGUUUAAGGGAAUCGAUACUAUCUCGGAACUCACUCUGAGCUUUGAAGAUGAGCCUAGAUCACCAUUCGUCUUCUUCUUAGAGGAUUUUAGGAAAAGCUACAAGGGCAAAAUGGUUGAUGCUAGCAGAAUAUGUUUCACAGUGUGGAAGAACUUGUCAAGAGAGGAUCAGAAACCCUUCAUAGCUCGUGCUGAAGAAGUUGAUCUGGCACACAACAGGAGACUAAAAGAAGAAGAAGCACAAAGCAUACGCAAGGCAGAUGAUGAGGCAGAUUCAAAACCAGCUGCUAAGUUUGACAAGUUAUGUGAGUGCUGUGAUCAUGAAGAAGAGGACUAUGAUUCAUCUGAUCAUUUUGAAUAUGAGUUUUGGGAAGACGAAACUGUACUGAAGUACUGAGACACACAUCUUAGUGGAGAUGGUUUUCGCCUGUUGUUCUGUACUAAUUUAAGAGUUUUUGGGGGAAUUUUGUGUAAAUAUAGGCAAAUGAGGGGCUCAUCUUUUUCAUUCCUCUAUGACUUUAGAGCUGUUUCUCUUUUUUUUUUGGUUAGUGCUCUUUUUUUUCUGUCACUACCAAAGAGACUUUGAUUGUUUGGCAAAUUAACUUAUUAUUAUCUGGA